CCUCAACAGCACAGAGAUCCAAACAUGGCUCCUACAAUCACUGCAGCGAUCACCAACUCUCAGGACCUUCUCUCUCUCAACCACAAGAUCAGAAAACCUCUGGUGGAGAAGCUGCGCAGAGAGAGAAUCAACAGCAGCAUCGAGCAGCUCAAGUCUCUCCUGGGUCCAGACUUCCUCAAACAGCAGCCAGACUCCAACCUGGAGAAAGCAGACAUCCUGGAGAUGACAGUUUGCUUCCUGACACAGCUGCAGCAGCAGAACCAGCAGCACAGGAAACUGAUCAACCACUUCAACAAGCUGCAGUCGUCCUCUGAUCUCAACCUGGGAGAGGCUGACUUCUCUCCUCUGAGCUCCACAGUCCAGACCAGCAGCACCAAAGACAAGAGUCCAGCCUGCAGCGCCCUCUGGAGGCCCUGGUAGACACCUACACACUGAAGAUGCUGCAGACAAACUCACCAGAACAUAUUGGUCAAAGAUCUCUGGACUGAAUUAAGUCACAUUUUAUGGACUUGUUCUUCUGUUUUUUCAGAAGAUUACAUUCAAUUUGCAAUAUAAUAUUUCCUGAGGAAAUUAUUGCAAAAAUAUCUUUCGGAUCAAGAAAGAAGGAAUUUUGUCAUGCAUGUUGUGUGAAUCCAAUUUGAUUGCAUGAGCAAUC